UGCUUUUACUUUAUUACUAUGAACUAACAAACCUCAUUAUUAUUCACUUUAAACUCAUAAACCAAUUAUAUUUCUUUUUAAACCUUUUCAUUUUCCAUAAAAGAUGGACAACUUGGACUGUUGCAUAUUUUGUGAAUGCUUUUGUUUUCUAGCUUAAGAUGAGAAUGGUGGGGGCGAUCCAAAAGUUGUGAUCAAAGAGAACAUUGCGAUGAUGGUUGGCUUUUUGUGUUUGUGCAGCUACGCUGGAUGCCAAACAUGAGAAACAGCUUAUCUUUUUGAAGGGUCUUUGGUUGGGUAGUUUGUGUGAUAUGUGGGGUUCUUCUUUCAGGAUAUAGUGCUACUCAUGCACUCAACUUUGUGUUUCUUGUCGUGGCCACUCCAUGUUAGAUUCUUCUUGCUUAGCAGAGCCAGACAUGCAUUCUGAUCUCAGAUCUCUUUGAUUAGCUUUGACUCUUUGCUUCUACCACUUUCCUUUCUUAACUUGUUAUCUUCUUCUACUUGUUUUACUCAAUUUGUCGUGCAAAACACUUUGCUUUCCCCUAUAUUUAUUCCGAGAAAGAGAAGAAGAACAAUUCAGGGUCUGGUGCUUGGCUUUAAAGGAGGGACAAAGCUGAAACGUGGCUAGCAAAGGAAAAAAGGUGUUGUUAUUGGUAUCUGAAUAAGUUAUUGGAACCAACAAAGAAAGAAGAGAUGGAAGCAGAAAUCUAGAAUGAAAAACACAAUUUUAAUGUGGCUCGGGCGGUGGUGUCAGUUUUGAAGGUGGAGGUGGUGAGAUAGGUGUUUGCAGCUGUAGUAGAACCUGAGAUUUGUGUCCAGAGAGGAAAAAAAGGAGAAAUACAGUCAUUUGUUUUUGCCAAGAUGAAGUUUAUGAAACUUGGAUCUAAGCCAGAUUCUUUUCAGAAUGAUGGGGAUAAUAUCAGGUAUGUGGCAACGGAGUUGGCAACUGACAUAGCCAUUAAUGUUGGAAAUGUAAAAUUUUAUCUGCACAAGUUUCCCCUUUUGUCAAAAAGUUCACGCUUCCAAAAGCUGAUUACAAACACUAGUGAGGAGAACAAUGACGAAAUCCAUAUCCAUGACAUUCCUGGCGGACCUGCUGCUUUUGAAAUAUGUGCCAAGUUCUGUUAUGGUAUGACAGUCACUCUUAAUGCAUACAAUGUCGUUGCAGCUCGAUGUGCAGCAGAAUAUCUUGAGAUGUAUGAAACUGUUGAGAAAGGAAAUCUUAUCUACAAGAUUGAAGUCUUCCUCAACUCCAGCAUUUUCAGGAGUUGGAAAGAUUCAAUUAUUGUUCUUCAAACUACCAAGUCUCUUCUUCCUUGGUCUGAGGAACUUAAGGUAGUGAGCCAUGGCAUUGACUCCAUAGCUACCAAGGCUUCAAUUGAUACAUCGAAGGUGGAGUGGUCAUACACCUAUAACAGGAAAAAGCUACCAUCUGAAAAUAGUAAUGAUCCUCACUUCAAUAGUGUGAGGAAACAACAAUCGGUUCCAAAGGACUGGUGGGUGGAGGACCUUUGUGAUCUCCAACUUGAUCUCUAUGAAAGGGUUAUAACAACAAUUAUAGCCAAAGGCAAUGUUUGUGGCGCUGUAAUUGGAGAAGCUCUAAAUGCUUAUGCCUCAAGAAGGAUGCCUGGCUUCAACAAGGGUGUGAUCCAAGGAGGAGAUGUUGUAAAGAAUAGAUUAUUGUUAGAGACCAUGAUCCGAAUAUUACCCGUGGACAUAGGCAGUGUCUCUUUCAGUUUCUUGGUGAAGUUAUUAAGGGUAGCUAUUCUGUUAGAAUGUGAAGAGUUGGAGAGAUCUGAACUAAUUCGGAGAGUGGGUAUGUGCCUUGAAGAGGCUAAGGUGUCUGAUCUAUUAAUUCGUGCCCCAGUUGGUGAGGCAGUUUAUGAUGUUGAUACUGUACAAAGACUAGUAGAAGAGUUUGCAGCGUGUGAUCAACAAGUUCAGAUGGAUUCUGUGUUGGAAGAUGAAUUUCAGGAGAUAAGAAGCCCCGGGAUGGUAUCAGACAUUUCUAAGGCUAAAGUGGCAAAACUGGUGGAUGGCUACCUUACUGAGAUUGCACGUGAUCCAAAUUUACCUCUUUCAAAAUUUGCUAAUCUUGCUGAAUUAGUAUCAAGCUUUCCAAGAGCAUCUCAUGAUGGCCUUUAUCGUGCCAUUGACAUGUAUUUAAAGGAGCAUCCUGGAAUCAGCAAGAGUGAAAGGAAAAAAAUAUGUAGGUUGAUGAACUGCAGGAAGUUGUCUGUAGAGGCUUGCAUGCAUGCUGUGCAGAACGAGCGGCUUCCCAUGCGUGUCGUUGUGCAGGUUCUCUUCUUUGAACAGCUGAGAGCUACAACAUCUUCUGGAGGCAACAACACACCGGAUCAUCCCGGGUCAAUCAGGGCCCUUCUUCCUGGUGGAUCUCAUGGGAGCUCAAGGUCUACUAUAACAAACACAGAAGAAGAGUGGGAUGCUGUGGGAACAAUGGAAGACAUAAAAGCAUUGAAAGGGGAACUUGAUGCACUAAAAUUAUCAGGUGGAACCAGUAGAGAAAAUGAUAUUGAUGGUGGUAAAGGCAAUGCUGCUAGUAAAAUGAAAGGUCUCAUGUCAAAGAAGAUACUCUCUAAGAUUUGGUCAAACAAAGAAAAAAUUGGUGAGUUAACUAGCUCUGAUACAUCUGAGAGUCCAGCUUCUACUGUUGUAGAGGAAACAAAAUCUACCCCAUCUAGAAGUGGGAGGCAUUCGGUAUCUUAGACCAUGUUCUGCACACUUUGGAGCUCCAUUCAGUUAUUGUAUAAUCAUCUCAUUCAAAUAGCAUCAGGAGUUAGAGGAUACUGACAUCUUCCAGCUGAUACUUCAUUAUUGUAACUGUGAGCAAAUGUUGGCAUGUGGCUAAAAUAUGAAGCAUCAAAAGUAUAUGUUAAUUGGGGUUUAUAUCAUACCCCUGUGGAUGCAACUUCUAUUCAGCCAUUACUGAUAUUAGAUUAGAUGUGAGCUCUAGUAGUGAGUGACCCAGUUUUGAUUAUUGGAGACUGGUUUGUGAAUGUCAAAAUUUGUAUGCUUAGUUUUAAAGGGAAAAGGAGGAUAACUAGAACCAAUCUGAUGAGGAGGGUGCAGGGAGUUUGAAAGGCUUGUGUUGAGAUUAUUACUUAGCUGUGAUCCGUCAUCAAUGUUCAUUUGUGCACUAAUAUGGGCUGUAAAACCUAUUGGACUUAAAAUUCA